AUGGCUGGAGGACGACGCAACCUCCGCUCAACUACUAGCGACGUGGAGGAGUUGCCCCCUCGCGACGACCUUGGUCAGGAGCCGGAUGCGCAACGCCGCGACAACGCGCCCAGGGUAUCGCCGGCACCCAUGGAGCCACUGCUCAACCCUCACAUCAGGGGCGGGUCAGCUACCACGGCGGCAGGCAUUGCGACGCCAGACGUCCUAACGCCACGCGUCACACAAAUGGAGUCGCUACAGGCUUCUAUCCCGUUGUUGCUGGAGGCACUCAACGAGGCAGAAUUGUCCGGCGCCCCCGAACGAGAAAUCGAAAUCCGGCAGCGGCAAUUCAACCGGGCAGUGGAGACCCUGCAGCGGACGCACGUCGGACCCACGCCAGGUAGCCACCGCCUAGCGUUCGACGAGGCAGGCAAGAUAAUGCGAGUCCUUAACAACGUCCAACCUAAGCCAAAACUUGGGACAGAUAACAAGCCUCCAUCAACCCAGCAGGUGGACCAGUGGAUUAAGGACAUAGACACGGCGUUCCAGUACGCUCAAGUAGUUGAAGACUCCGUGACCCGCACCUAUUGGAUUAUGGGCACUAUCCACUAUAGUGUCCAUCAAGAAUUGAUCCAACAACGUAUCAACAAGGGAUCAAUCCGAACCUGGGCCGACCUCUGCGCAGAGGAGGAGCAGCUUGUACAAGACCCAGUCUUCACUUAG